AUGGAGAAGCUUGCAUUCUUUGUGAUUCUGGUAUCAACUGCUUUUGGCCAGAUGGACUUCGUUGGAGACCAGGUUCUCCGCAUCCGGGCAAACGGGGAAGAGCAGCUGGCCUGGCUGAAGGAACUGGGGGCACUGGAAGACCUGCAGAUCGAUUUCUGGAGAGGCCCCUCGAAAGCCAACCUCCCAGUGGACAUGAGGGUUCCCUUCCACAGCCUUCAAGCCGUCAAGGUCUUCCUGGAGUCCAAGCGCAUUCCUUACACCGUCAUGAUCGAAGACCUCCAGGCUUUGUUGGAUCAAGAACGGGAAACUAUGCUGUUGGCCAGGAAGUCUGAAAGAAGCAUUGGGGAAUUCAGCUUUUCUUCGUACCACACCAUAGAGGAGAUCUACAGCUGGAUGGAUGAUUUUGUGGCUGAAAACCCAGACCUGGUCAGCAAAAUUGAGAUCGGGCAGAGCUACGAAGGACGACCCAUCUACGUUUUGAGGUUCAGCACGGGAGGAGACAAGCGCCCGGCCAUCUGGAUCGACACCGGCAUUCACUCCCGGGAGUGGAUUACCCAGGCGACAGGGCUAUGGACAGCAAACAAGAUCAACAACGAAUACGGUAAGGAUGCCUUGUUGACCUCCAUCCUCGACUCCAUGGACAUCUUCCUGGAGAUUGUCACAAAUCCUGACGGCUUUGCUUAUACUCACAGCACGAACCGCAUGUGGCGCAAGACAAGAUCGAUCAACGCUGGGUCUUCCUGCAUCGGAGUAGACCCCAACCGCAACUGGGAUGUUGGUUUUGGAGGUCCCGGUGCAAGCAGCAACCCCUGCGAUGAAACAUAUCACGGAGCCUUCCCUCAUUCGGAGAGUGAAGUGAAAUCCAUCGUGGACUUCAUCUUGGCCCACGGAAAUGUGAAAUCUGUGCUCUCCAUCCACAGUUACUCCCAGAUGCUGAUGUUUCCCUACGGUUAUACGCAACAGCCAGCCGCGGACCACGAGGAACUGGAUAACCUUGCUCGAGAAGCGGUGGCCGCUUUGAAGGAAGUGUACGGCACAGAAUACACUUUUGGAAGUUUGAUUGACACCAUUUAUCAAGCUGACGGGACCACCAUCGACUGGAGCUAUAAGAAUGGGGUCAAAUAUUCGUUCACCUUCGAACUCAGAGACAGAGGUCAACAUGGCUUCGUUCUGCCGGCCAACCAGAUCAUCCCGACGGCCGAAGAAACCUGGGUCGCUCUGCUGAAGAUCAUGGAACAUGUCCGGGACCAUCCGUAUUAAAUGCCAGCCCCCGUUCAAGUGCCAGGAGGAGGGAAAUCACAAACCAAAGCCUAGGCUUGGAGCAGAUUAAUACAAGAUGCACUUUCAGAUCAGAGCCUGGGAAAAUUCCCUUUUUAAAUGACAUUCCAGCACAGCUGGUGGAAGCUGGAAUUUUUUUUAAAAAGAAUCUUUUCUGAGCUUCCAUCAUCCCAUACCACUGGUUAAGCUGACCACGGAGGAUGAGAUUUGUAAUCCAACAGAUCUUGUUUUAAUUUGAUUGAUGCGUUGAUUUUCAUUUCUGUCCUAGACGGUUUUAUUACAUUGGUAGGUCACUGCCUGGAAUAGGGCUAUUUAUGAAUGGGACGGUAAACAAAAAUAAACCAAAAAACAAACAAACAAAGAGUUUCUAGAAGGCCACGCAUUUUAGAUAUGCCCCUUUUUUUCGUUUCUCUUCCUUCUGGAAGUCCGGCUGUGUUGAAACCUCCUAGGAAGCUCAAAAUUGAUAUCCUUCUGGGAAUGAUUGUGGGCUCGUGGACUUCCACCCUCCUGUCCUUUUCUGGCCACGAACUAGUAGUAGUCAUCAUUUUUUAUGUGUGUGGUUUUUUUCCUUUUAAUUU